CGCGCGCCAGUUCUGUGGGAGAGGUACGGUGGCCGGGAUGAUGAGCUGGUCAGGUCUGACAGAGACCCAGUGGAGGAGGUCUUUCUUAAAAUGACGGGAAGAAUUCCAACCCGAAGUUACCUGAAACCAACAUCCGUGUCAGCUACAACAGGCGGCCAUAAUUAUCACUUUGCAGACACAGCUACCUCUGAAAAUGACACGUUAGAAGAAGAUGCAGAUAAAUAUGAACUACGUCCUCGGGGGAGAGAGAAAGCGUAUCGAAGUACUUCAAAAGAGCGCCUUGAUGAUAUUAUAUUAAUUGGCAAAGACAUAUGCGAAGGAGAUACUUUAAACUCCAUAGCACUUCAAUACUCCUGUACUGUUGCAGAUCUAAAGAGGGUCAACAACUUCAUUAACGAGCAGGAUUUCUUUGCAUUGCGGUCAAUAAAGAUUCCUGUGAAGAGAUUUAGUGUACUGACAGAAUCUCAUUUCUCCCCAAAAGUCAAGCCAUCCAGAACACUAUCAUUCCAGGCUUCACUAGAUCCCCAGGAAGGUGACCAAAACAUUGCUACACUUCCCUCUGACAAUGCGGACAGUUUCUUCCAAGAAGUCGAUCGAGAUAUAGAAAAUAUUGUGAAAUCUACAGACACUAAAAAGGAAAACCUCCAUGAAGUGGUCUCUGCUUUAACUCAAGAUGUGAGUUUUGUACCGGAACUUAAACCUGCUAAACGAAAAGAUCCUUAUUUUGGGGCAGACUGGGGUUUGGGCUGGUGGACAGCAGUUGUGAUUAUGGUUAUUGUAGGAAUUGUCACUCCAGUAUUCUAUUUCCUUUAUUACGAGGUGUUGGAAAAGGGAAAUAAUGAACAUGUGACUGCAAAGAAUUCUUCACAAAGUGUGGGGUCUACGUAAAGCAAAAAAAGGAAACAAGCCCACAAAACUUUAGCAUUCACAAGACUCUAAAAUGUCUCACAGCAUUAGUGCAAUUUUUUUUUACACUGUGGUAUUAUAUACUAUACAAAAGCGACAGCCUGCCUAUGUAUGCCUGCAAGGAACCAACAGAGGAUUGGCACACAUCUUUUACUUACAGAGUGCAAAAAAUGCUAGAUUUGUGUAGGGUAGUGUUGGCUUACAACAUUGGUGCCAAGCGUUUGGACUCGAUGGGUGGUCAUCCAGGAAACCAGCACCAUAAAAGGCAUCCUGCACAAUGCACAACUUUGGCAUGAAUGUUGAUUCUAUUUGAAAAUUAUAUUUUUUAGUAUUUGCACAACAUUUGGAGAUAAACAUUUUGCUUAAGCAAGCCUGUAAUUUGAAUGUAUUUUUUUGAAGUAUACAAUUCAAAGAAGCAUGGUGCAAAAAGUCUGGUUGCCAUUUCUCUGGUUUGUAUUUCUUUGUUAAAAAAAAGAGUAGGUCUUCACUGCCACCUUAAGUUCAACCCAUCAGUUGUAGCUCAGCCGUUGGGAAAGUAAACGUACGCAUUAAUCGUCUAACUUUUGACUGCCAGCAUAAGAUGAAAUGGAGGCUGAUAAGCUCAACUUGUUUACAAUUUCAUUGCCCUCCAAAGUUGCCUGACAAACUGGUUUACAUCAAUAUUAGCCAAGCAGCAGCAGAUGCACUGUUGUGCUUAUGGUGCUGGAAGUGCUCCUUUAAGCAUAAGAGCAUAUUAAGCAUGCAACCUUCCCAAUCUCUAGCUGUUUUCUGCUGUUUUUUAGGUUGUUUACAUCGCAAACUGUUAUUCAUAGUACUAUGCUAAUUGUUUAUGUAUGUAUGUAUGUAUGUUUAGUGUAGGUAUGGAUAAAGCUGAGAAACCGCAUUCUUCAAAGGGAAAGUUUCACCGUUAUUUUAUUAUUGACACCACUUCAUUAAUUUUUUUUAAUGAUGUUUCCAAACGAAUUCAGCUUAGUUGUGGUAGACAGUCUGACCCUAUCCUAGUCUGGGCCCAUUAGUUACUGACCUGUCAGGAUUAUUUACUAAAUAUGGAAUCAACCAGGGGUUUCACAUUUAGCCCAAAAUUGGCUAAUUGGUAAACAGUUGUCCAUUCUCUCUAUAGUGCAUAACACUGUAGGUAGUAAAUAACCCUAUGAAUGCUGUGAAUUAUUAGUACAGCACAGGGUUAUUUACUAACGUAUGAAUUGAGGGGAAUUUAAAGUGAAUUUCAAAUUUUAGGGUAAAAUAGCUGAUUUGGACCUCGAAAUUUAAAAUACUUAUUGAAUUCACUUUAAAUUCCCAACAAUUCACAGUUUAGUAAAUAACUCUGAGCAGAGUUUCACCCAUGAGAGUUUCUAAGUGGGGUUCAUACUAAUGUUGGUUUACACCAAACUUUCCACAGUAAGAGUUGCGUGGUUGGCUUAGCACCCUCAUCCUAACAUUGUCCUCCAAGGUGGGAUGGACUAUGGUUUCCAGGGAGCUCCCAAUUUUUUUAUUAAACCACUCCAAAAGUGCAGCUUUACAGUGAACCCGUCAAUAUUAUGGCAGCAGUGAAAUUCCUAACAGGCAACCCAGGGCUUUUGCUAAGUAGCAAAAAUAACAGAAAUCUAUAGAUAUAACCCCUCCUAAAACUCUUCUCUGUACCACGCCUUACGUGUAAGGCUAAAUGUUUUAUGAAUCAUGUUAUGACACCAAAUCUGAGAAUGUGAAUUAUAUAAACUUAUAUUUAUAAACCUCACACCUGCUGUAUUAUCCCUGCAUCUGCAGUAUUAAAGGAACACUAUAGUCAC